CUGCUGCAGAAGAAAAUGGGUGUCGGUGUUGUUGUUGUUAUUGUUGUUGUUGUCGACGUUGGUGACGAAACCGUUCUGGCUGGGAUCAUCCCACAGGUUGGCACGCGGGAUCAUGAUCGGCAGCCCGAAGCCGGGCAUGUCGAUGAUAGCCGCGUCCCGGGUCGACAGGUCCUGCAUGGCGCCGAGGAAGACACGGCCGCCGCCGGAGUCGCGCACGAAGUGGGCAUGGUGGUGGCCGGUGUUGCUCCUGUCGUCAUUAGUAAUAUAUUCUUAUUGUGUACGAUAGAGUAAAGCGAGAUAGGAUGGCAUACGAUGGGAUAAAUCAGGUUGAUACAUUGUAUAAGAAGGGAUGAC